AUGGCUGGGCAAGACGAUGACAAGACUGCCGCCGCAUACGCCGACGAGAUGCAGAAACGAACGCGCAAAGAACGUGGCUUCGACGAGUUCGAAGCCCAGCUUCCCAACCCCCGGGUCCCGACUCUCCAGUCGGCCUUCAUGACAGCCAGCGGCCUGCUCUCGCACCUCGGCAGUUACAACCCUUGGGGAAGACCCGUCACCGACGACGACAUUGUUUGGCUCCUGGACAACACGGCCUUCAAGCCCUCGCGCAUAGGCAGCUGGCAGGCUGAAUUUGUCGCCGCCGUCUUCGAGAAGGAACCAAAGUGCACCAUCGUCGAUAUUGUGCAGGGCGUCGCACACAAGCUGGGUCUGGCCGACGACGCCGAGGAGCGGAAGACGAUCGAGGAGAGGCUGCUACCAUUUCUUUGGGACGUGCAGCCCUCGCGAAUAAUCCGCAUCGUGAACCAGAAGAAGGAGCUCAAGCUGGGUCCCUCGGCGACCAACGGAAUCAGCACCGACACGCUCAAGGUCAACGACCAGCCUUCCGGCACGGUGGUAACGUCGAGCGCUGCUGUGCCGCGCGGCGCGACGGGCCUGCUGGAGAUGAAGACCUUCUUUGCUGCCCCAGAUGGAUGGGCCAUCAUCUCAGAUAUCGACGAUACGAUUAAGCUGACGCAGACGAGCGACCCUGUGGGAAUCCUCCGCGAGACGUUCGUCAACGAGCCGACGCCAAUCGAGGGAAUGCCGGAGCUGUACAGGAACAUCAAGGCGCUCCUGCCGCAGGAGUCGCCGUGGUUCUACCUCUCGGCCUCUCCCUACAACUUGUACCCGUUCCUGCGCGAGUUCCGCGACAAGUAUUACCCCCCGGGGACCAUCAUCCUCCGCGACUCGAGCUGGAAGACGGUUGCCGGCCUGCUGUCGGCCCUGACCAUGGCCACGGAAGAGUACAAGGUAGAGCGCAUGAGAAAGGUGCACGGGUGGCUGCCGAAGCGCAAGUUCAUCCUCAUCGGCGACUCGACGCAGUCCGACCCCGAGGCCUACGGGGACAUCUACCGCGAGUUCAAGGGCUGGGUGAAGCUUAUUCUGAUCCGCAAGGUUGUCGACAUCGCGGCCAUCGGUAUCUCGGCCAAGAACGAGCCGGAGCGCUUCGAGAAAGCGUUCAAGCACAUCCCCCGCGACGACUGGUUUGUGUUUGAGAACCCGGUCGACUGCAACAAGAUCAUCCGCGACACCGUUGCCCAGGGUUAG